AUGCAGCCAAGGUCACUUAGUGAAGGUGAACUUAGUGACAUUAAUGGGGAAAGUCGCUGUGAUGAAAAGGAUGAUUAUGUCCCAGAGGAAGUGACUCCAGAAAAAUACUUCACAUUAAAGAAACUCUUGGAGAUAUUUCAUGACAUUGAACGUGCAAAGGAUAAAAUGUUGGAAGCUCAUCCAGACUUAAUUAUAUCUUCAUUGAUUCACGUUUGGAUCAACGGCUUCAUUUUGGAAAGCAAACGGCUAGUGACAGCAGGUCGAUAUGAGAGGACACACUGGGUCCAGGCUGCUGUGCAAGCUGUUCUGCUUCUUGGGCAUGUGAUCCCAGAAGGUUAUGUUGAUAUUAUUUCCAGACACUACUUCCUGGAUGCUGUGGCAGUUCUGAUCACUUGUGGCAUUCCUGGGGCAAGUCUGGAUUCAUGCAGCAUUCCAACCCUGAAAGCCUUUUCAAAUUUCCAGCAGAAUACGAUGCUGCCCUCGCCGCCCCCUGGGAACAGUUCUGCCGCUCCCCGCGGCCGCCGCCGCGAAGGAGCUGAUUCGCCGGCGCCCGGCCCAGGCGGCGGCUGCGUGACAGGCGGCACUUCCCAGCCCGACGCUGUGGUAAUUCAAACUGAUCUCAUCGCCGGUCGUCACGACAUGCGCUUCCUCCGCUGCACGCGGCGUAGCAUUGUUUUACUUCAGACCUCCCUCAGUUUUUCUUGGGAAAUUAUGGAUCGUCACAUUCCCAUGCAUGCCUUACCCGAAGAAAUCCAAAAGAUGUCCCCUGAAGAAAAAGUUUGUAAGUACUGUGGAGUCAGCUAUCUAAUUCUUCAUGAGUUUAAAGCUAUGGAAGAAAAAGUGAAAGCAAUGGAAAAAGAGAUGAAAUUUUAUCAAGGAAGUGUAGAACGUGAAAAGAGACUUCAAGAAAAGCUACAUUCUCUUAGCCAAGAGUUUGAACAGUACAAAAUUGACAAUGACUCCAAAACAGAAAGAAUCCAAGCUGGAAGCAUGCAGUUAAAAAGUCAGCAAAAUGAAAUUCAGAGACUACAGAAAGAAUUGAGUAAUUUGCAACAUGAAUUAAAAAUUAAACAGAGACAAUCACAAGUCUUCAGCCAAAGAUUGAUGGAGUACAAAUAUUUCUGGAAUAAGACUCUUUCAUUACUUACUUUUACUAAAAGGGAAAUAACCAGUAUUAAAAAUGAAGUAUAUGAUCAUUUUCAAAACUGGACAUCACUGAAAGGAGAACUUUUUCUUCAAAUUAAAUCCAUAAGUGAAACAGCCUUAACAGAAAUAAAGAUACUAAAUAAAAGUUUGGCAGUGUCCCAGAGAAAUGAGGUAUGCCUUGAAGAGGAAAUGAAAAACCUGAAGUUGUUGUCAGAUGCGGCCAGACUGAGGUCUCAGCAGAUUCAGAUAUCUAAACAACAGGAAAUGAACUUGCAAACCAGAUGCCAUGACUUGCAAAAAGAAGCACUAGAUUUACAAUGUCAAGUAGAGGCACUGGGGCUAAAACUUCAGAAGACAAUGACUGAGUUGGACAACUAUAAAGAAAAGCUCAUGAAUAAGUCUAAUGAAGCUGAUGACUGUCAAAGAAAACUUAGAAAACUGAAGUUUCAAUCCAUUAUUUUUGAAUCAAGGUAUACUAGAUUGCUCAAAGAGAAAGAAGACUCUUUAAUGACUUGUCAACAAACGUAUAAAACUUUACAGGAAGAACUGACUGCAAAAGAAAGGCAAGAAGAAGACAUAAAAAGGAGAAUUAACCUUGCAGAAAAUGAACUAGAGAUAACCAAAGCUCUUCUGAGUCAGGCAAAGGAAGAGGUUGUAACACUGAAAAGUGAAAGGGAAUUGAUGCUGAUUUCACAUCAGAAAAGCAUUGAGCAGCUGCAGGAAACCCUUAGACAGAAGCUGCUAGAUGAUGAUAACUGGAAGGAGAAGAUUGAAGCUGAAAUUGCCAAGGAAAGAGCCCAACAUUUACUUGAAUUUGAGGAGCAAGCUCUUCUCUUUAAGGAAGAAAUUAAACUGGAACUUGAUAUUGAAAAGGAAAAACACCAAGAAAUAAUCCAAAAGUAUAAGAAAGAACAAGAGGAGCUACAGAUGAAGAUAUCUGACUUAAUCGCGGGUGCUACCAGAGAUCUAAGGCUGGAAGUGGCCACUCUUGAAAAAAAACUCCAUGAAUCCCAUGCCCAAUAUACCGAAGAAUAUGAGUCAAAGGAGAAGGAAAUUGAAAACCUUAAAAAUGUGGUUGCAGAAUUUGAAUCUCGCUUGAAGAAGGAAACUGACAAUAGUGAUUUUGUUUCAGAGGGCUUGAGGGAGGAAAUGAAACAGAAGUCAGAUGAACUGGAAGAAGUGUUGCUGUCCCAAGCACAACUGGUGCAGCAGCUGAAGCAGUCCCAGGAAGAGAACACGUUUCUUCAGGAAACAGUGCGUAGAGAGUGUGAAGAACGCUUUGAACUGACGGAGGCCCUGAGUCAGGCCAGAGAACAGCUCCUGGAGCUCAGGAAGCUCAGUGGAAGUUUCCCGUUGUCACCGAGGUUCCUCAGCCAGGGCAGCCUAACCUCCUCUGCUGUCACAGGCAGUAAUCAGAGAGAGAGCAGCACUGCAAGACUGAGCACUGAGAAGGGAACCAAAAUCCCCAGCCUGCACGGAGUGUCAAAACCCAGCCCCUUUCCAACCUCAGCUCAGCCUAAGAGGGCCAGCAGCUCAGGUUUGCCCACUCUCCUGCAGCCACAUCCUCCCAGGGGUCGGGCAUCUUCAGUGCAUGAGACCCGACAAAGACUGGCUGCCCUUCUGCGGAGGAGGCUGAAUCAGCAGUGA